UCAUGUUGACUGCCAAAGCUAUGGACAGUACUGUGAGGACUUUGGAAGACAUAUGUGUCCCCAAGAAAUUUCUGCUUGUGGUCAAUGCAGCCAAGAAAUUAACAGAAUUCAGUCCAAGCAAAAAUGAAUAUGGGAAACCCUCAACAGCAGUGAGAGUGGGAUUCUGCCUGAAAGGAGCAGUGGAGGUGUUGAUUGGGCAAAGUCUCAUGAACGAUGAUGACCUGGCAGAAAAAAAGGCAAAAAAGUUUUUGGAGCUGUUGGAAAAAAAUUGGAAAACUCAUGUUGCGGUAUCUGCUCACCAGAGCAUGCAGGAGAAGAGGUGGAACAAACCCGAUGACAUUCCCCUCACAAAAAAUGUCAUGGCACUUAGAGAUCAUCUCAGGAUGGUGGAAGACAAAGCCAGAGCUGAACUGGAGCAGCAGCUGAGUUUGACUGCAUACAAGGUGUUAAAUGAGAGCAUUCUGGCACAGCUGAUUGUUUUUAAUAAGCGUCGUGAAGGAGAAGCAUCGCGCUUGACUCUCGAAGCCUACAAAAAAGUCAACACUAAUCCUAUCAAUGAGGACAUUUACAGCACUCUGUCUCCUUUAGAGAAGGAACUGAGCAAACAGCUGACUCGCAUCGAGGUCCGAGGAAAAAGAGGGAAGAAGGUUCCUGUUUUUUUCACACACAGGAUGAUGGAGUCAAUCCAAGUGUUGUUGAAAUGGAGAGAUGAAGCUGGUGUUCCCACUGAAAAUCCCUACCUCUUUGCCAGAGCUGGUGUGCUGACGAACAUACGUGGCUGCGACUGUCUGCGGAAAUAUGCAGAGGAGAGCAAAGCAGAAAACCCUGAGCUCCUCAGGUCAACUAAACUAAGAAAACAGGUGGCCACACUUUGCCAGCUCCUGGAUCUUGACGAACAAGAGCUGGAACAAGUUGCUCGGUUCAUGGGUCAUGACAUCAGAGUUCACCGGGACUUUUACAGACAGACUGACAAAACCUUUCAGAUAGCAAAGAUUAGCAAGCUUUUGUUUGCUAUGGAACAAGGCAGUAGCACCUUAACAGGGAGGAACUUUAACACACUCCAUCCCUCUGUGUCUGGUGAAAGUCCCACACCGACACAGAGUCAUGUGACCUCUCCGAUAGAAACAGAUGAAGAGGAUGAAGAUAAAGGUCGUGACCUCUGUUCCCCUGCCCCCUGCAGUGAGGAUGAUGAUGAGAACCUGAGUUUCAGUCAGAAACCUUCUCAGAAGAAAAGAAAGAAGUCUGUGAAAGCAAGAGACAAAAGCUCUAACCUCAUCUCUAAAAAGAGACAUGCCCCCUGCCCUGAGGAUGAUGAUGAUGAUGAUGGUGAGUUUUGUGUGUUUUAAUCAGGAAAUCUAUAAGAACUAUGUAAGGGAGACUGUGACCACACACACACACACUCACAUACAGACCCUCCAUCCACCCA